UCGUCCAGUGAGCGCCAAUAGUGUCAGCAACGGGUGAAAAGACUUCCACCACUCGCGCCGUCCCGUGCUCUUGUUCGCCGAAGCCAACGUAUCUCUCACGGGAGACCGUAUUCGCAAUCUGGUCUAGUCGUCCAGCUCCAGAACGGCGCCAUGAGAUAUUCCGCAGAGGUUCCAGUGGCUUGAAGAGAACAAACCUUGACUUAUUGCCAUCGGUAUUUGGCUCCAUUGAUCUUCAGGAAGGGGGGAGCUUGUGUUCCAAAUGGCUUAAGUGGAAGAAGCUUUCUGCAUAUGCUUCGAUGGCUUCACAACCCUGAGGACUACAGAGCUCACGUUGGGCCCCGGUGUCUGAUUGUUGCUCCAUCCGGUCUAAACUCUCUUUCUGACAUCAUGAGAAAUCGAUACUCAACAAGCCAUGCAGACAUGAGGAACCAUCAAGGAUCAAGGUCGCCAAAGGCCACCAGGCUGACGGUUAUAAGUAAAGCGAGUCGAGGAGUAGACUCCAGACCAUCUCCUCUCUCAUCCUCAUCCGAUUCAUCAGUCACUCGCUCACUUUCAUCGUGUAGGGAAGGCGGGAACCUUUCACUUCGUCUCUCAGUCAAUCAUUUUUACCAUUUUCUCUCGUUUCCCACCUUACCCGCUUUCUCAGACAUCAUGAGGGUCACCGCCGUUGCCGUUGCCGUCCUCUCCGGACUGGCCCAGUCUCAGAUGCUUACCUCGACUCGUCCGGCCGGCUGGCAGCCGUCGCAGCCCGACUUCCCCGCCGUGCCACUAGACCCGCAGACCGUCUUCGAGACGACCGUGUCCCGGGUCUUUGUGCCCGGCCCCGGCCGGCCGACCUGGACUUGGAGCACAAAGGUCGUCACCGUCACCCAGCCUUGCACGACCACCUCCACGACUACCCCUUGCACCACUUCCACCAGGAAGCACAAGCCUACCCCGUGCUCUACCUCCAAGAAGCCUACGACGACGCCUUGCACCACGUCGAAGAAGCCUACGACUACCCCGUGCUCAACUCCCAAGAAGCCUACCACGACUCCUUGCUCGACUGACAAGAAGCCCACUACGACGCCCUGUUCUACCUCUAAGAAGCCCACUACGACGCCCUGCUCUACCUCUAAGAAGUCUACCACGACGCCCUGCUCUACCUCUAAGAAGUCUACUACGACUCCCUGCUCUACCUCCAAGAAGCCGACCACAACUCCCUGCUCUACCUCCAAGAAGCCCACCACGACUCCUUGCACCACCUCCAAGAAGCCUACGCCCACACCUUGCACCACCUCAACCAAGAAGACCACGACUCCCUGCGUGUCUUCCACUUCUAAGAAGCCCACGACCACUCCCUGCAAGUCUUCUUCCAGCUCCAAGAAGUCCUCAAUCACCCACAAGCCCAAGACCUCUUCCAACCUCCUUCUCAGCCUCCUGCUCAACCCCCUGCGCAACCUCCCACGCAGCCCGCUCAACCCCCGGCGCAGCCUCCUUCUCAACCUCCAGCUCAACCCUCUGCUCAGCCGCCCGCGCAUCCUCCUACCCAGACUCCGGCGCAGCCUCCCGCCCAGCCGCCCACCACUGGAGACAAGCCCUCCACGGUCGCCACCGCUGGCGGCAGCUACGUCAAGACACCUCUCACCCUCGCCGGUGCUCUCAUGGUCGCCGCCUUCUUCUUCUAAGUGUCCUUGUGACCUAACAGAAGACAAUUCCACGAAGAAGCCUGAGAGGGGCCACAGGGAGGGGUAUGCCCUACUGCAGAGUAGCUACUGAAAAGCAUUUACUGCGUAUGGCAGACUUCUACCUCUGGCUCUUCCGAGAUGAAGCGUAUAAAUGGGGUUGAGUGGCCGUUGCCCUUGAAUGGAAGAGAAAAGGGGAGGGAAAAGUUAUUAGUGGAAGAAGCAUAUGGGAAUCAUCAGCCCUCGGCGUGGAAGUUUGGCAACAAAAGUCUUAAUCUUGUCAGGAGUAACUUCCUGUCGCCCCGUCUUCUUGUUGCCAAAGAUAUCGCGGAGGGCCU